GUGUGCGCCCUACUCUUUUCUCAAUUGGGCGGUGCAUUUUUUAAUAUUUUAAGGAAAUAAAAACCAAAACAGACAAUUCAUUCCAACUCAUCUAUGAUUGGUGCGUUGAACUCAGCUGGUGGGCCCAGGCGACUCAUACUCCUCCUCUUCCCUCUUUCCUUUCCUGGUUCUACAGUCUUUCAGUCUAAAGAAAACAGCAAUUAAUUAAUUGGAAGUGAGAAACGGACGAGGUGAUGACGGCCGCGGAUGCGACGACGUCGUCUUCACCGUCGACGACUGCAACGAUCCCGUCGAACCUCCCUAUCAUCGCUGCGUUCCUCGCCUGCGCUCUCGCUCAGUUCCUCAAGCUCUUCACCUCCUGGUACAAAGAAAGGAGAUGGGAUUCGAAGCGAAUGCUCGAUUCCGGCGGAAUGCCGUCGUCGCAUUCCGCCACGGUGACGGCUCUGGCGGUCGCCAUUGGCCUUCAAGAUGGCGUCGGAGGACCCGCUUUCGCCAUUGCUCUGGUCUUAGCAUGCAUUGUGAUGUAUGAUGCCUCCGGAGUGAGACUUCAUGCUGGUCGGCAAGCCGAGUUGCUGAACCAAAUUGUGUACGAGCUUCCUCCGGAGCAUCCUUUGUCCAGUGUUAGACCUCUGCGCGAUUCACUUGGACAUACUCCCUUGCAGGUUGUUGCUGGUGCCGUGCUGGGAUGCGUAGUGGCAUAUCUAAUGAGGAACACCAAAUAAGAUAUCUUACGACCGAUACCUGAUUCUUUGAGCUUCAUACUGAUUAGCUAUUGACUGGAGGCCGUAGUUUUGGAAACGGCAAGGGAAGGGCAGAGAAAGAGCUGAUGUAGGAUGAGUUCCUAAUUCUUGAAAGCAUGUAAAGGCAUUUACAGAAUAGGGGCCUCCACCUAGAUGCUGGGGUGGGGGACUAUAUUUUUUUGAUGGAUUUGAACAUUGUUGUUGUGUAUACAGAAGUUACCUUCACUAAAUAAAAGACACACCUUUGUGAAACCGUUGAUGUUCCAGAUUGUAUUCUUCUUUUUAUUGGCGUUUACUGUCAGUUUUUCUGUAAUUUGCUGACAUGAUUAACAGGCCACUCGGCUUUAAUAUGA